UGUUGGUGUGCGCUUGCAUUGAAACCAAAACCAAAUUGCUGACUGACUGAAGGCCGAAUAUGCGCGACCGCAAGAAGCAGCUUGUGCAACGCGCCACCGGCCGUUGGAGGAUGGCUGCAGUAGCAGCACCAUGGUUGCUGAUCGCGCUUGCCGUGUGUGCGGCCGUCGUAGCCAUGCAGGCGAACGCAGAGCGAGCCGACACGUCAGAUGCGCUGCUCAAGCCAAGUCUGGAUGACACACCAGCAGCCAAGAGCAGGCCAUUCCAUCGCCAUGACGAUGGCCGUGCUGCGAAUGCCAAUACGGACAAGGCUGACGACAACGACGAUGGCACGUUCACGCUGGACUGGGAGGCCGAGUCCAAGCAGCACCGAGACUCGCGAUCGACGUUUGCGUUCGGUGCGCACGGUCGCCUUCGCGGUCGUGGCGUACAGGAUGACGCCAGGGCACAGAGAAUGGCAUCGACAGACAAAGCGUCGUCGUUUGCUCGGUCGCGGCAACCUCACCGCGAUGGACUGCAAAACCCAACCUCCUCGGAUGUCUCGGUUGAAGACGACAAUGAUGAUGAUCAUGAUGCGACAGAAGAUUCCAUCACCAAGCAUCCUGGCCAGCACAAGCCAAAAGUGACGGCGCAGAAUACUGGCGCGCAGUCGCGCGCAAAGAGCAAUGCCAGUCCGCCGCAGCCGCGUCUUCCUCCAAAACCCGUCAAUCUCGAUGGGAGCGCCUCGUUUGACGAAUUAGUGGAAGCAGCACACCAUCACAUUUCGGAUGCACAGCUAUCGAGCGCAAAACAGAUUGCGGCCGCGGCGGUGGAUGUUGCGCCUGAAGGCAACAGCACAGCUCAAGCGCUGUUGACCAUUGCAACGAAUGUGGAAGAACUGUUGCAAUUCUCGCCCGUACACUUGCGCCGCCUGCUGUUGCUCGAGCUUGAUGCUGCGCUGCGUGAAAUAGGACAUGGCCACUUCCCGUGGCUGCAUGAGCUGCUUGCCGGAUACUUUGCGCACGACGCUGCGACCUUUGAGCAAUUUGCCGGCAAAGGUGCCGAACACCUGAGCCACUAUGUCAGCGCGCUGCCAGCAACCGUCCGUGACAAGGUGUCUCUUCUGCAUCUCGGCGAUACGCUAAGCAAGGCUGGACUGCAUGUCCUUGCUGUGGAUGCCUAUGUCGCGGCUGGUGAAGCUGAUGCUUUAGAGGAUGACAGCAACGCUCCGUCAAGCUUACCGGCCCGCACCUUGCGUGCCGAUGAGUGUGUUCUUUUAACGCGCCUGAUUGGAGCGCAGCUUGCCCAGUUUCCAGCUGCACGUAACUAUGCAGAGUGCGCGCUGGAAGAGUUGGCCACCCAUCGCCAGCUCCAUCUUGACGCCAAAGUCAAGAUUGCCCAGGACAGGGCCGUUCUCAUGGAAGGAAGCCAGGCCGGCGAUUCGAACGAGUCGCCACGUCGCCCACGGCUAUCCAAGCACAACGGGCAGCUCCGCCACGACUACCGCUUCGAAGACGAUGUCGAAGAGCGCGAAAUCCGACAAAUCUACAUUGAGACGCUCGUGAGCCUGGGGUAUGCCUCCAAAGCCCUGGAACAAUACGGACUCGUCUCGGAUCCUCAGCUGCCCCUCUCCUUUGACGUUCUGAAUACCACCAGCCGGCUCAUGUGGACGGACGUGCUGUCGGUGACAGAGAAGCACUUCAACCUCGACCGCCUCGAUCCGAGGCAAUACUUUCAACAAAAGGGCGACGCUGCAACACGCAAAGCUCGCGCUGAAAACGCCCGCCGAGUUGCCGCGGGCAAACCUGAGACUCCAUUGGGCUUGUCGUUCUCUGUGCUACAAGUCUAUCCACACGAGGACUACCGCUCAACGCUGACCAAUCCUGGGCUCCGCGAAAGUCCCGGAGUCUUUUCAAAAGUGUCUGCAUUGCGACGUUCCGAGUCCGACGGGUCUGCUUCCGCCAGCACAACGUCCGCGGUGGCGACACAACCCAGUCCCUACACGCUCGCCAAGCCUGUACAGGCCUUUGAUAAUGUGCUCCCCUUGAAUCUGCUGAUGCACUUGGCCUACUUGUUCCGCCAAGAAAGCUCGUACUGGACGGCCGUCAAUCCGCCCACGCGCGACAACGUGCCUUCGUUCUGGUAUCCUUCCCCUCUCGAGCAGCAGCCGCGCAACCAAGUCGAGCAAGCUAUUCAUUACAUUGUUCACACACUUGUAUCCGGUGCCAAUGUAGUCGAUCCCUCUUCAUCGGCAGCGGCAACGUCCAAGAGCCUCGCACAACGCAUUGCCGGCGUCGAGUGGUGGGUGUCGCGACAACCUCAAACAAGCUCGGCCGCCUUCAACCACUCCUUUGCCCCGCUUCAUUGGCACUAUGAUCAGGAAUGGCAAUUUUCCCGCGAACAGACGGCGCACCCAUUGUUCACCGCGCAGCUGGCGCUGUUUGGCCGCCGGGACUCGGUGAGUGCAAGCUUGAUCGUCAACCAAACGAUGGCUCAAGCAUUCGAUGCGCAGAGCGGUUCCACUGGUCCAGUGAGUGGCUGGGUGGUUCCUGGUCUCGAAAACCGCCUCGUUGUGAUUGACGGGGCGCUGCUGCAUGGGCGAUUGCCACCCAUCAGCCGAUUUGCGACGACGCCUCAGGGAGGCAGCUGUGACAGCAAUCGCCAUGUCAAAAAGCAGCGCGACCACGAAAACCAAAUGCUCCAACUCAUCGAGUCCAUGGAAGCCGCUCCUGGGUUUUCCGAUCUGUCCGAAACGGAACGCAUCCAGCUGCGGCGUGAGCUGCGCGAGUCGUUCCUUGACAGCAUGGCAGACGAGCGAGAACAGGCUGAGCAAGCACCGACACACGAGGCGGCGGUCGAGCCAGUCCCCUUCACCGUGCUCAACAUGGCGUUCAUGGGCGUCGAGUGCAUCCACGGCGCGCCUUGGAGCGGUUCGUGUGCAGAUUUUGAUCUGAGUGCACUUCUGCAAGGCGUCGAUCUGGCCGAGCAAGCCGCUCAGGCCCGCAACGCCAAACUGCAAGCAGCCUCUUCCAAGGAAUGGCAACGGCGCAUGGAGCAGCAGGCUGGCGCGAACGCUCCCGAUGCGGCGACCCAGGCCGAAAGCCCCACCCCGCCUACGUUGCAGCUCUCCAGUGUCGUCCAGGCGUUGGCACAGGUGGAUGCUCAAAGGCGAUUGUUGCAGUCGGAUUUGAAGCUUGUCGCGUUGGCCUCGCCGGAAGACCCCGAAGACGAGAGCAGCUUCCCACGUUUGCCGGUCUCACUCAACCGGGAGCUUGUCUUGAAUCGCACCCUGUGGCCCGCAGCUACUGUCGAGGAACUCAUUCCUGCAUUGGUGUCGAAUGUCUUCCAAGCCGACCCUGUCUCGGAGGACAACUCUGGACCUCGUCGCUACUGCCGGUAUCUCACCAUUCUGGCAAAGGAUUUGUUGCUACGGAAGCAGUACAAGCGCGCAGACGUCCUUCUUCGACACGCGCGGAUGCUCUCUGAAAGCUCGUCAGAACAGAUUGACUGGGAGCUGGUUGCGCUUCAUCAACUGUCUGAAGCGCUUGCGCUUGCCCAGACCCUGGCCGAGCCAGAAAAGGAUUUGCUCGUCGUCCAGCUUUUGGAAUCGGCCGUCAGGAUCCUCCCUGGCGUCUUUGUCGAGGCACACCGCUUGCUAGCCGACUAUUACGACUGGCAAGCUGAGGAACGAGACGCCCGCCGCUCCGAGCACGAUCAGACCGCACCUGUGACUGAUGACUACUAUCUCGAUGAGUACAUUCAGCAAUCGUUGCGGGAGUAUACGGGUCUGAGCCCGGACAUGCCGACGGUGACGGACCGCACGCCAGACGUUGUGCUUGCGUUCCGAAGCGCGUACCACGCAAAGAUGGUGCAUGAUCGCAACCCGCGCGAUCCUGUGGCGCUGCUGCAAUACGCAGAUGCGCUGCUACUUGCUGGACACCAGCAGGAAGCCGUGGAUGCUUACACCGACCUCUUGAUGGCCGUACCCUACGGCAAUGUCGAUGGACGGGUUUGCUCGCUCGUGUGCGAGCUCUACGUCGGUCAGUUGGGCAACAAGGAAGCGGCUCAGCCCUUCUGCCACUGCGCUCAGCAGUACCACCACCAGCAGCAAAAGGAUUCAAUGAGAAAGGGCAACUAGAGGCAGGGUG